CAUGAUUGCAGAUAUGUUUUUACAAUAUGAUGUUUCAUGAUAGUGGUCACUUGCUUCCAGAUUUAAAAGUGGGGUUCUAAUUACUACAAUAUAAAAAGCACGAGUGAUAGCGAUAAUUGGAGCAGAUACAAGAUGGUUUGAUAUCCUUCUCUCUACAAGGAAUAAAUACACGGUGAGCAUAUGCUGUCAUGGGAAUGACAAAUCAAACUCUUUGUGUUUGUAGUAUAGCAUGUUGAUAUAUACGCAUGUCUAGACCUGAUCGAUUGGGCAUAUCCACCUAGAAAUUAUGGAUUUUUGCUCAUCAAAAGCGCCUCCUUAAUCCUUAUAUUUUUCUUAAUCAGCACAUGCACACUCUCAGAUAGGGGUGGCUAUACGGUCCGGUCCGGUUAAAUUGGCCCAAAUUGAUCCGGUCCAGUCCGGUCUUUUUGAAAAUAUAAGGACCGAAGAUUGGAUUGGAUACAGUCCGGUCAUGAUCCGGUCUGGUUUUGAUCCGGUCCGGUCCCAAUUCGGUCUUGAUUUUACAUUGAGAUUGUGGGAUUUGAGUGGCCUAAGGCCUUAAAGGGUGAGGAGUUGGUUAAGUUUUGUACUAAGUGCAAAGGUUUGUGACCGUUUAUGCAAAUUACCCUUAAGUUUUGGGUGUUGAGCUCUCUUAUCCGGUCUUUAUCCGGUUUUUUACCUCAAAUCUAAGCCCAAAGAUUGGAUUGUUUACUAUCCGGUCCCGGUCCGGUCUCGGUCCGGGUUAUACGAUCCGGUUUCCAGUUUUUAAUCGGGUCCCGGUCCAAAUAGCCACCCCUACUCUCAUAGGAAACAUGUACAAAAUUGUAAUUUAGGUGGUUCAUUAGUGUUGUUUCCAUAAGAUUGUAUUAUAUGAGAUGGUUGUUCUAGAAUUGUGAAUCGUGAUUGUAUCUCCUCUAAUAAAUUGUCAAGUUAAGCUAUAAAGAAGCUAACCUGAGCUUCCUCUUUAAUUUAGAUUGUAAGGGAGCAAUGACCCAUGUCAAAUUGAUUGGGGGUUGACAUGUCCGAGAAACAAUUUAGCCUUCUGACUCGACUCUACUGUCACUCCAGGAAUUGGCCAAGUGAAACCACUUCCUAAAGCGUAGUAUAGCGGGUUUGGGUUUAAUUAUCAACCCGGGUCCUAGAUAUGAUGACUACUCAGUGAAUUCGUGUUAUCUAGCAAUGAAACUGGAAUGCAAGUCUAAACUAUCAAACUAACAAAGCAAGUAAACUGUUGUAUUCAGGUUAAGAGAGGUCACCCGGAUAUGGUUCCCCCUAGACUGCAGUUAAGCUGGAUUGUAAUUACCAAGUUCAGUUUCUAUGAAAGUUAUACUGCGGAAGGUUCUUAAACAGCCUGAAGUCUCGACUAAAGGUCUUCAGACCCUCUCAAUCUGAAUCUCUAGCGGGCGACUAACCUCCACCGGAGUAGACAGAUUGAGGCCCUAAGAACGAAACCUCCACUACCGGAGUAAAUCCGGUACAGAAUAGUGAGUUGGUUCCUCGACUAAAGUCACCAACUCCCUACCUUCAAUCAAGGAUACUCUCUUAACCUAGGCAGAUAUUCUCAUUCUAGGUUAAAGCAGAAACAACAGGAGUUUGAUCAGGAUUCAAGUCAUUCAAUCAUUAAAACCUCAAUCGAAUAUAAUCAAUCACAGAAUCAGUACUUGGGUUCAUACAAUCAAAGCCUAACAUACAAAUCUAGGGUUCUCCAUACCUAGAUGAAUGGGAGAACUACUCCAUGGAGAAGAAAGCAAACGCAGAAUCAGACACGGAAUUCAUACUGCGAAGGAUGGAUUCCUGCUUCUGGACGUUGAUUGGCACUUCUCCAAGCUCAAGCUGGCCUCCAAUGGUGUUGAAGACCAAUCUAGGGCACUUGGGAACUCUUGCUCGUCACCUUCUCUCUCUAGGAAUCGUUCUAUCUCUCAAAAACUCGAAUCCCCUUGACUUGUGGCUGAAAAUCUGCUUAAAAGCAUCAGUGGCCAAACCACGGUCGAGGGCACGGCCGUGCUUUGCCUGAGCCUGCCCGUGCCUCGGCCAGUGUUAAUUACACGGCCAGCAGUUGGGAUAAACACGGCCGUGCUUCGCGUUGGACACGACCGUGCUUUGGUGGAACACGGCCGUGCUUUGUCUCGGCCCUGCCCGUGUAAUCAGCUCAGCUCUCGACAUAAAAAGCACGGCCACAGGAACACGGCCGUGUAAUGCCUUAGGUGUGCCCGUGUUUUGGCCCCAGCUUGACGAAAUGACCUCCGAAUGCCCCGAAACUCGUGGUUAACCUUCCCUUUGACGCCUGGGACCUGAGAUAUGACAAAGUAGCACAACCCGGCGUAAAAUAGGCCAAAACACACGACUAUGCCCCUCAAACGGAUAAGAACUAGGGGCGCAAACAUGUGCAAUUACAUCGUUAUCAAACUCCCCCACACUUAACCGUUUGCUUGUCCCCAAGCAAACCUAACUCAAACCAAUGCAACUCUCCAGACCUCUAUAGCAACAAAUAACCCAGAUCGUAGGUAGAGGACUUCCUAGAUUAUUUAGCAACUUACGAGGUCAACCGACGCACAAAUCAUCUCACAGCUUCUUUGGCGAGUCAGCAUCAUGGCAAACAGUGAACAGAGGACAAAUGAAUCGUGGAUGGAGAGAUUCUCAAAAACAAAGGAUCAUGGACUCA